AUGUUCGUAUACAAAAGAGACGGUCGUCAAGAACCAGUCAAAUUUGACAAGAUCACCGCACGUAUCUCGCGGUUAUGCUACGGUUUAGACCCAAAGCACAUCGAUGCUGUCAAAAUCACACAGCGGAUUAUAUCGGGUGUCUACGAAGGUGUGACCACGGUGGAGCUGGAUAAUUUGGCGGCAGAAACAUGCGCAUACAUGACCACCAUCCACCCGGAUUACGCGACUUUGGCGGCCAGAAUUGCUAUUUCCAACCUGCACAAACAGACGGUCAAGCAGUUCUCGCAAGUGGUGAGCAAUCUGUACCAUUACGUGAACCCCAAGAACGGCGUCCAUUCGCCCAUGAUCUCACAGGAAGUGUACGACAUUAUACAGGAAAACAAGGACGAGCUUAACUCUUCUAUCGUCUACGACCGUGAUUUCCAGUACAACUACUUCGGUUUCAAGACUUUAGAGCGCUCGUAUCUGCUAAGAAUCAAUGGCCAAGUGGCAGAAAGACCACAGCACUUGAUCAUGCGUGUGGCUGUCGGUAUUCAUGGUAACAACAUUCAGAAAGUAUUAGAGACCUACAACUUGAUGUCUUUGAGAUACUUCACACAUGCAUCCCCAACGUUGUUCAAUGCUGGUACUCCACACCCACAAAUGUCUUCGUGCUUCUUGGUGGCUAUGAAGGACGACUCCAUCGAUGGUAUCUACGACACUUUGAAAGAAUGUGCUAUGAUCUCCAAAACUGCUGGCGGUAUCGGAUUGCACAUUCACAACAUUCGUUCCACAGGAUCGUACAUUGCAGGUACGAAUGGUACCUCCAACGGUUUAAUCCCUAUGAUCCGUGUGUUUAACAACACAGCUCGUUAUGUCGACCAAGGUGGGAACAAAAGACCAGGCGCUUUUGCUCUUUACUUGGAACCAUGGCACUCGGACAUUUUCGAUUUCGUUGAUAUUCGGAAAAAUCAUGGUAAAGAAGAAAUUCGUGCUAGGGAUUUGUUCCCCGCUCUUUGGAUUCCUGACCUUUUCAUGAAAAGAGUCGAACAAAACGGUGACUGGACGUUAUUCUCCCCAAGUGAGGCUCCAGGACUUUCCGAUGUUUAUGGCGAAGAGUUCGAGGCCCUCUACGAAAGGUACGUUCAAGAAGGUCGUGGUAGAAAGACUAUCAAGGCCCAGAAGCUUUGGUAUGCAAUCUUGGAGGCCCAGACUGAAACCGGGACUCCCUUUAUGCUAUACAAGGACGCUUGUAACAAAAAAUCCAACCAAAAGAAUUUGGGUACUAUUAAGUCCUCUAAUUUGUGUUGCGAAAUUGUCGAAUACUCUGCACCAGAUGAAACUGCUGUUUGUAAUUUGGCGUCGGUAUCUUUACCCGCUUUUGUCGAGACCUCUGAAGAUGGCAAGACGCAAUGGUACAAUUUUGAAAAGCUGCAUGAGAUUUCCAAGGUUGUUACUCGUAACUUGAACCAAAUCAUUGACCGUAACUACUAUCCAGUCGAAACGGCUAGAAACUCCAACAUGAGACAUAGACCUAUUGCUCUCGGGGUCCAAGGAUUAGCUGAUGCCUUUAUGAUUCUACGUAUUCCAUUCGACUCUCAAAAGGCUAAACAAUUGAACGUUCAAAUUUUUGAAACCAUGUAUCAUGCAGCUUUAGAGGCCUCUAACGAAUUAGCCAAGGAAGAGGGAUCCUACCAGUCUUUCGCUGGGUCACCAGCAUCUCAAGGUGUCUUACAGUUUGAUAUGUGGAACAAAGAACCAACCGACUUGUGGGAUUGGCAAACAUUAAAGGCCAACAUCAAGAAGGAUGGUCUAAGAAACUCUUUGCUUGUGGCACCAAUGCCCACUGCCUCAACUUCUCAAAUUUUGGGUAAUAAUGAAUGCUUUGAGCCUUACACCUCGAACAUGUAUUCUCGUCGUGUUUUGUCAGGUGAGUUCCAGAUUGUCAAUCCCUACCUGUUGCGCGAUCUCGUGGAUCUCGGUAUUUGGGACGAAGCUAUGAAGUCUCAUAUCAUCUCUGACAAUGGAUCGGUUCAAAACCUGCCCAACAUACCACAAGAGCUAAAGGACUUGUACAAAACAGUUUGGGAGUUGUCUCAGAAGGCUAUCAUCGAGAUGGCUGCCGACCGUGCUUGUUUCAUCGACCAAUCUCAGUCGCUCAACAUCCACAUCCGUGCUCCUACGAUGGGUAAACUAACAAGUAUGCAUUUCUACGGCUGGAAGAGAGGAUUGAAAACGGGUAUGUACUACCUUAGAACUCAAGCCGCUUCUGCUGCUAUUCAGUUCACAAUUGAUAAGUCUGUUGCCUCGCAGGCUGGAAAUAGAGUUGCGGAUCUCUCUAACUUGAAUAGGCCAGAGUAUGUCCCUCGCAAGAUGAACUUCAGCGAGGGUGCUGCUAAGAUCAAACAUGUGGAGGCCAUCAGGGAAACUCAAUCAUCUCCUACACCUUCCGCGGAGUCUUCUCUAGCCAACAGUGUUGCUUCUCUCAAGAUAGAAAACAGUACGCCGGUUACACCUGAGAAUGUUUCCGAGAAUAAAUCUGACUCCAAUACCAAACCUGAUCAGUCUGAAGCAGAACAAUUUGACAUCUAUAAUUCCAAAGUUGUUGCCUGUGCUAUUGACAAUCCUGGGGCUUGCGAGAUGUGCUCAGGCUAA